UGAACACCAUGUUUGGCACUCGCAGAGCCCUACAGUCCCGGUUACGCAGCCUAGGAUCUCAGUCUCAGCUGACAUUGCGACUCAAUGCUCAGAUCUCAAGAAGCACCAGCACUAUAACCCAUCAAUCUGCACCUGAGAGAUCGAAGUGGCCGCGACGACUGAUCUAUGCCGGAAUCUUUGGUGGCCUCGGGGUCGCGGCAGGGAAAUGGAUGGAUAAUAAGGUUUCUGCACCGGCAGCGCCAGAAACGACAGAAGAUGUCCUAAAACUGGAGGAGAUUCGUCGAGUAUACGAGACUGGGCUGCCUAUCGUGCAGGAGCUCCGAAACAAUCCGGACUAUGUGGAAGCGGACGUGUAUGGGAACUAUUCUGAGGAGGACAAGAAGCAGAGAUUUACAUCUGGUCCAUUGAAAGGGAGUCGGGGAUUAGCGCUGCAGAAAGUCUUUUGGAACGACAAGGAGCGGAAGGCCGUUAGCGUUGUCUAUCUCGGGAAUGGCCUCGAAGGAUGGCCGACUGUUGUCCACGGCGGAGCUCUUGCCACCGUAAUUGAUGAGAAUCUAGGCCGUGUCGCAAUCCGCCAUUUUCCAGAGCGUACAGGAGUUACGGCAAACCUUGAGAUUAAAUACCGCGCUCCGGUAUAUUCGGGCAAUUUCUAUACCUUCCAUUCUACCAUCGAACGAGAACGUACCACGGAUAGCAAGGCUUACGUGAUGGGAGAAGUACGCGACCCAGUUGGAAGAAUUUGUGUUCAAGCAUCUGCCCUUUUCGUUGUUCCCAAGAAGUAUAAACUUGAGAAGAUUGGGGAGCGGUACUGAGAUGCAAGAGUCCCGAUAUUCCUAUCUGUUAAAGGAUCUUUAUUUGACUCGACGCCUUAAUUACUGAUGCCUUGCUAAUGCCUUACUAUUUU